AUGGCUGAUCGCAGUGAGAGCCCGGACUCCGACGGCGGUUCGGUAUCAAGACACGACUCUGACCAACCACCGGCCCGCAAGAGACAGCGCGUGCGACUGAGCUGUCUCGAGUGCCGCCGCCGCAAGCUCUCGUGCGAUCGUGGCUUUCCGUGCGAGCGCUGCAUUAAGAGCGGCACCCCUGACCGCUGCAGCUACGAAUCACGCAACGGAGAAGUCGUUAAUGCAUCAUCCGGCAUUCCUCCGUCCUUUGCGCAGCUGGACUCGCGCCGCUUCGGGAUUGGUGAUGCGGUUUCGGGCUUCGGCCCCCGAGACUCUGAGCUGGCCCGCCAAGAUCAUGACCGCAUCCGCAGACUGGAGCUGGAGAUUACCCAGCUGAAGAACCUUCUCACCAGGCCUGGCGGCUCAGCGUCUCUAGACGGGAGCACCGUCGUGGGCAGCACCAACUCGCCGUCGACGCAGAAGGAUGAGGGAGCCGAUGGCGAGGCGAGGCCCCCCGCGGAAGAGCAGGAGAUUAUCCAGAAGAGCGGCAUGGCAGGUGAAAAUGGCGAGCUGCGCUUCUUCCGUGGCAAGGGCUUCCGCACUCGCUACUUUGGCCCUCACAAUGCCAGCAUGGCCUUUGUCGAGUUGACCGGCCUUUGUCCGUUUAUGCGCGAGACGGCGGAUGAGUGGCUGCGGCCGGUGAUUCUUCAUGAUCGCAAGGACCGCAAGCGCCGCCAGGAGGAGCGAGAGACCAUCUUUGAGCAGUCGGACCCGGAGCUCGACGCCCUUCUACCCCCCAAGGAAGAGGCCGAUGCCCUCAUAAAUGUCUAUCUCGAACAGUUUGAGCAGAUCCACCGCAUUGUACACGUGCCCACCUUCCGCAAGGAGUAUGCGGAAUUUUGGCUUCCUGGAAGCAAGCAGCGAUACGCAGCCUUCACGGCUUUAGUCUUGUCGAUGAUGGCCGUAGCGAGCUGCGUGCAUACCCACGAGUCGCUCAAGUUCAUUGGCAUGAUGUCGAAACCACGACACAUGGCUGAGAAGUGGAUUGUGGCGUGCGAUGCGUGGGCGACGAGGCAGAGCCAGAAGCACCGACGACUCAUCCAUUAUCAGAUCGCCUGUCUGCUUUACCUUGGCAAGCGCGUUAACACCAUUAAGAAGAAGCGCUUCUGGACUAGCUCGGGAAAUCUGAUUCGCGAUGGCAUCGCUGUAGGACUGCACCGCGAGCCGAGCCACAUGGGCGGCAAGAUCACCGUGUACAACCAGGAGAUGCGGCGGAGGAUAUGGGCAACAGUGCAGGAGUUUGACAUGCAGGCGUCGUUUGACCAUGGCUUGCCGACCUUGGUGAGCCAGCUUCACUUCGACACCAACCCUCCUCGGAAUCUGGACGACGAAGACUUCGACGAGAACACGACGAUAUUGCCACCCUCUAAGCCGGCCAAGGAAUAUACGUUUUCUUCGUUCCAGAACUUGGCGCGGCAGAGCUUGCCUCUGCGUCUCGAGCUCAGCCGUCUUCUUACCGGACCGGUAUCCGAGAUAGACUAUGACCAAGUCAUUCGUUAUACCAAUGACUUGACACAUGAAAUCGAUGCCCUCCCUUCCUGGGAUAUGAAUCCUGAGAACAACGGCGAUAGCAAGAAGAACCCAUUGAUCGCAUACACGUUACUGCACGUCCAGUUGCGGCAGUACAUUACCCCUCUGCAUCAGCCCUAUCUCAAGCUGCGCAAGCAAAACUCCAAGUACCAGUACUCGGAAAUCAUCUAUUACAAUGCCGCGCGGGAUAUGGUUCUUUUGCAUGACAAGCUGUACGAGCAGGGCGUACGAGCGCUCAACUUCUUGCGAGAGGACGCUCUCACCACGGCAAUCAAUCUGUGCAGCGUCACGAUGCUGCAGCCUCGCGGAUCGACAAACAUGAUUAUGAUCAACUCCCACCACACGGUGAAGCUCAUCGAGAAGUGCAUUGCGAUGAAGGAAGACCGCCUACUGCGUUGCGGCAAUAACGAGCCGUGGGGUUACUCCAUCAUGUGCGCGGCAUUGGGGCUUCUUGAGGCCCAUCUGGGAACCAAGACCACCGAGGUGGCCAAAUCUACGUCGGCCGAGAGAUUUGUAAAUCUUCAUUAUAAGCUUCUUGCCAACCAGGAGCCUCCUCUAUCGUCUGCUCCAUUGCCAGGGACUCCUCUUCAUCCCCCUCCCAUCGGCCCAAUUGCCGGGCCAGGUAUUGGCCCAGUACCUGGCUUGGAGCUGCCCGACGGAACCAAGUCUGUAACACCAUUUGCCUUCCCAGCGCCCCUGCCAGCAGUCCCCGUGGAUCCAUCAUGGGGUGUGAAUGACAACACACAGCCCUUUAAUCUCGACCCAAGCCUGGAGCUACUGGGUCUUAAUCUGAAUGAGAUCUGGGGAGAGUCUUGGGAGCUGGGGCUGUAAAACACCCCCCCAAAAAAAGGAGCGACUGUUUUUGUACGUGAAAGCGUGUGUGAUAUAUAGGGGAGGGUAGCCUGUUUUGUUUUCUUCUCCCUGACAUCGAACUUGUAAAAAAAAAGGUCGGCGUUUUGCUUGUACUUGUACGAAUGGCGUUUGGUGUAUAUUAUAGAGAUACCAUGUAAGUAUCACAGCUCUUAUGUUUCUGCGACAUGUUGCGGCGUAAGAUGUAUGUAAUAUAUGUUUGCGAAUUUUGCUAUGC